GUAAAACCCUAGAAUUCUCGAUUCACUACCGAAAAUGACCAGAUCUCAUCAUCCUUACCUCCUCCUCCUCCUCCUCUCCCUACUAACUCUCACCUCCUCCCAAGACGACGCAACAAUCAUGCAAUCCCUAAAAUCCUCCCUCAACCUCACAUCAGACAUCGACUGGUCAAACCCCAACCCGUGCAAAUGGGACACCGUCCAAUGCGACGGAACCAACCGCGUCACCCGGAUCCAACUCAAACAAAAAUCCAUCCGCGGCACCCUCCCUCCAAACCUCCAAAAACUCACCGAACUCACCGUCCUCGAAUUCUUCUCCAACAAACUCUCCGGCCCGAUCCCCGAUCUCUCCUCUCUAACUCACCUCCAGACGCUAAACCUCCACGACAACCUCUUCGACUCGACUCCCAUCAAUCUCUUCUCGGGGAUGAGUUCGUUACAAGAAGUCUACCUCGACAACAACCCUUUCCCCGCCUGGGAGAUUCCCGAGAGUAUUAAAGAAGCGACGUCGCUUAAGAACUUAUCUUUAAUUAACUGUAACGUCACGGGUUCGAUCCCCGAUUUCUUUAAUUCCGAGACGCUUCCGAGCCUCUCUUCAUUAAAGCUAUCCCGUAAUAAUCUACACGGGGGGUUACCGUUGAGUUUCGCAGGCUCCUCGUUGCAGCAGCUUUACCUCAACGGAGGGAAGCUUAACGGAUCGAUCUCGGUGCUGGCGAAUAUGACGUCACUCGUCGAGAUUGAUUUACAAGGGAACGAUUUCUCAGGUCCGAUUCCUGAUCUCUCCGGUUUACAGUCUUUGAGACUGUUUAACGUGAGGGAGAAUCAGUUGACAGGGGUUGUUCCGACGUCGUUUUCGAGUCUUGACUCGCUUGCGGUUGUGAAUUUGACUAAUAACCAUUUUCAAGGACCGACGCCGUUGUUUGGGAAGUUUGUUAGUGCUGACGUGGUGGUUAAGACGAAUAGCUUCUGUUUGGAUACUCCUGGUGUGGCUUGUGAUCCGCGUGUGAGUACGUUGGUGUCUAUAGCUGAGGGGUUUGGGUAUCCGGUGGAGUUGGCGAAGAGUUGGAAAGGGAAUGAUCCGUGUGAUGGUUGGAUUGGGAUUACUUGCUCUGGAAGUAAUGUUACUGUGGUUAAUUUAGGGAGGCAGGGGUUGAAGGGGACGAUUUCUCCGAGUUUCGCGGAGUUGAGUUCGUUGGAGACUAUUAAUCUUUCGAAUAAUAAUCUCAAUGGGAGUAUACCGGAGGAGCUUACUAAGUUGUCUAAGCUUAGGACAUUGGAUGUGUCUAAUAAUGAUAUAAGUGGUGAGUUGCCGAAGUUUAGGGGAAGUGUUAAUGUGGUGACUGCUGGUAAUGUUAACUUUGGGAAGGAGGGACCUGUGUCACCUACUGGUGGUUCUCCUGGAGCUACAGGGGGAAGUGAAGACUCUGGAGGAGGGAGUGGUAGUGGUAGUGGUAGUGGAAACGAGAGUUCGAAGAAAUCAAGUAGUGUGAGGAUUAUAGUUCCUGUGGUUGGUGGUGUUGUUGGUGCGUUGUGUAUUGUUGGACUUGGUGUUUGUCUUUACGCGAAGAAGAGAAUGAGGCCGGCUAAAGUUCAGAGUCCAAACACUAAUAUGGUGAUUCAUCCGCAGCACUCUGGUGAUAGUGAUGACAUUAAACUCACUGUUGCAGCUUCUAGUCUUAACAAUGGGAGAGGAGGAGGAGGAACGGAGAGCUCUUACAGUCACAGCGGAAGUGCAAACAGUGACAUUCAUGUGGUGGAGUCUGGGAACUUGGUUAUAUCUAUACAGGUUUUGAGGAGUGUGACUAACAACUUCAGUGAAGAGAAUAUCCUUGGGAGAGGUGGUUUUGGUGUAGUUUACAAAGGUGAACUCCACGAUGGGACGAAGAUAGCUGUGAAGAGGAUGGAGUCUUCUGUUGUGAGUGAUAAGGGACUUGCUGAGUUCAAAUCUGAGAUCACUGUUUUGACUAAAAUGCGUCACCGUCAUCUUGUUGCGCUUCUUGGGUACUGUCUUGAUGGUAACGAGAGGCUUCUUGUCUAUGAGUACAUGCCACAGGGAACUUUGAGUCAGCAUCUGUUCCACUGGAAAGAAGAAGAGCGUAAGCCUCUUGAUUGGACUAGAAGGUUGGCUAUUGCGUUGGAUGUAGCUAGAGGUGUUGAGUAUCUACACACGCUUGCACAUCAGAGUUUCAUCCAUAGGGAUCUAAAACCAUCAAACAUCCUUCUUGGUGAUGAUAUGAGAGCUAAAGUCUCAGACUUUGGGUUAGUCCGUUUAGCCCCUGAAGGCAAAUACUCCAUCGAGACUAGAGUCGCUGGGACCUUCGGAUACCUUGCCCCAGAAUAUGCAGUGACUGGAAGAGUGACGACCAAAGUAGACAUAUUCAGCCUCGGAGUCAUACUUAUGGAGCUUAUCACUGGUCGUAAAGCCUUAGAUGAGACGCAACCUGAAGACAGCGUCCAUCUAGUCACAUGGUUCCGUCGUGUAGCAGCAAGCAAAGACAAAGACGAAAACGCCUUCAAAAACGCAAUCGACCCAAACAUCAAACUCGAUGAAGAGACCUUGGCUAGUGUUGAAAAAGUCUGGGAGCUUGCUGGCCAUUGCUGUGCACGUGAGCCUUACCAAAGACCAGACAUGUCUCACAUCGUUAACGUUCUUUCUUCACUCACAGUCCAAUGGAAACCCACUGAGGUUGAUCCUGAUGAUCUCUAUGGUAUAGACUAUGAUCUUCCCCUUCCGCAGGCAGUUAAGAAAUGGCAAGCUUCUGAAGGGCUUAGCCAAACGGGAGAUGACUCUGGUUCUUCGUCCUCGGUUUAUGGAAGUAAAGACAAUACACAGACGAGUAUCCCAACGCGACCAUCUGGAUUUGCUGACUCGUUCACUUCUGUGGAUGGACGUUGAAGAAAAUAAAGACUGCGUUUCUCAGUUUCGGUAAAACGUUUUAGUACUAUAGUAAGUAGUAGAUGAAAAAGCAUUGUGUGAAAAUUCUCUUUUCUUUUUGUUAUGGUCUUUGUUUUUGUCUGAAGCAUUUUCCUAUUGACUUCGUAUCUAUUUUCCCUGCAAACUUGUGGUUAAGUGUACUAUCUUCGUUGUAGUGUUUAUGCAAAGAUAAUAUGUCUACAUAGAUAUACAGUAACGACUAUACCUUAGGUCAUGGUCGUCACUUGCAAAAAUUAUUGAGUCAAAAAAUGGAGGUUUUUA